CCCUCUCCCCACCUGUCGCGGGUGGACUUUGGGGCGGGUGGUAAGCAGAGGAAAGGGGUUUCCAGGCGGGCGGCAGCCAGACGUUGAGCAGGCGGCCCCAUUGUGAAGCUGCCAAACUCUCUCUAGUGGUGGAAUCUGCAAAUCUGCCAGCGAGGCGAUGGGAACAUGAAGGGAAUGAUGGCCCCGUCCUUUUCCCCUUGCAAAUGUUCCACAUCCUUAGGGUCUUCCUGCUUCUCCGCCCACAUCAGUUUGUACCCGGGUGGGUUAGUGGUCUGUGUCGAGCCAAGAUGCUGAGAGGGUAUGCGUAUGGUUGUAGUGAACAGGUAAAACUGGGGCUGGGAACUUUCUAAUCACUUGAGCAAGAAUGGAGGCAGUAGCAUUUUACUGCAUGCUCACUACUCCUAGCCGAGAGAGCAAUUCUUGCACAACAUUUCUGACGUUAGGAGAACUCUUUAUUUUACAUUGUUUUUCUCAGAUGAGCCACCCUACAAUUUAGAGUUGUUAGUUGUUAGAGGAAGUUACACACUAAGGGAGAUAGAAGUGAUCUCUUCCGAAAGUUUAUUUUUUCAGUGAUUUCAAAAUACAGUAUUGGUUAUUACUGCAGAAGCGUUUGGUACUUUAUUAAUUCAAGACCAAGAUUUAUGCUUACACAAUUAUGUUUAAUGAAUGUUUCACAGAUUUCAGUGUUUCUGUGAUGUAGCUAUGUAUGCAUUAUAAACUCAAUAAAAUGACCAGGAUGAAAUAUUAGGAUUGAUGAGCCCGUAGACCUUUUGAUUUGCUAGGAAAGGUGUAUACAGUAUGCUUCUGUCAUUUUAGUAAAUUGCAAGUGAGACUGUUUAAUAGUGACUAUUCUAGGACAUAAGAUAUAUGCGGUAUUUAUUGACCUUGCAUAAUAGCGAAUUUGUUUACUUUGUAUAAUUUUGUAUCCUUUGGAGAGCUCUUGUACACCCUUAAAAGUAUUUAGUGUGAUAGGAGUAACAAAACUUUACAUACAGAGUUGAAAUUUGCUUUGCUGUUGCUGAUUUAUUUAUAUCCUCUGGGGAAAAAAAUCAGCUCUUUUCCUUCAGGGAGAACUCUCGAUUCAUCACCAGCCUAUCAAAAUAAGUUCCUGGAUUUAAGCUUUCAUGUGGAAGGAGAAAGGGUCCAUGAUGUAGACUGGCUUCGUACAGGACUCUGUAUCUGGCGUAGAGCAGAAAAAAUAUUAUGCCUGUGUUCUCUUGGGACUCAUUGGACAUUGUACAGUGACAUCUUCUGGGAUUUAGUCUGGAGUGUGCCGCCUGGUGCCUAAAAUGGAAGUCGAUGUUAACGGAGAGUCCAGAAGUACCCUGGCCACGCUGCCCUUGCCUGUGGCCGAGGCGAGCUCCCCGGGCAAGGCAGAAGCAGAAAAGCCCCGCUGCUCCAGCACGCCGUGCUCGCCCAUGCGCCGGACUGUGUCGGGCUACCAGAUUCUCCACAUGGACUCUAACUAUUUGGUUGGCUUCACAACUGGUGAGGAACUCCUGAAGUUAGCCCAGAAGUGCACGGGAGGUGAAGAGAGUAAGGGAGAAGCUGUGCCUUCCUUGCGCUCCAAGCAGCUGGACGCAGGACUUGCGCGUUCCUCCCGUUUGUAUAAAACCAGAAGUCGGUACUACCAGCCAUACGAGAUCCCGGCUGUCAAUGGCAGGAGGCGAAGGCGGAUGCCCAGCUCAGGAGACAAGUGCACUAAAUCUUUACCCUACGAACCUUACAAGGCCCUCCAUGGGCCUCUGCCUCUUUGUCUUCUUAAAGGUAAGAGGGCUCACUCCAAAUCUCUGGACUACCUCAAUCUAGAUAAAAUGAACAUCAAGGAGCCAGCUGACACAGAAGUGCUCCAGUACCAGCUUCAACACCUCACCCUCAGAGGGGACCGUGUGUUUGCCAGGAAUAAUACAUGAGUGACGUGCAGAGAGUGUAAACCAGUUUAGGGCAGCCUCCGCUUGGCUGGAAAAACCCACUGUCGUUCUCUGUACAGGACUCUUCACGUUUUAGAUGGUUAUAUCAGCUAAGUGUUCCUGGAACAUAAAAAUUGUUUGGAUCAAAUUUGAAUACAGGAAUGAAAUCACAGGUACUUGGGGGGAAAUCAUUCUAGAGCACGCAACUGCAAAGAAAACAAUGUUGGCCGUUAGUUUGUAUAGCUUUUUAGCUAGGAAGAAAAGGCUUUGGUACAGUAAUGCCAUCUUUAUGAUUCUGACACUCAAAUUGGGAAUGUUAUCUGCUUGGUUGUUGCUGACUUGGUAUGAUUCAUUAGAAAUUUAUAUCUUUAAGUACUCAAGUACUUCUUUAAUCUCUGUAUUUUACUAUAAAAUGUAUGUAAAAUGAUUUGUUUUAUGAAAUUUGGAACUUGAACAAUGCUGAAUUGGACCACUUUUUAUUUUUAAAUAUUGAGUUUAAAUAUUUUAUAACUGGUUUUGCACUGAAAAAAUUAACAUUUCAGAUUGACAAGAGAAUAAUCUUUCUUCACUUGCCUCAGUAAUACUAUUGAGCAAUGGAUUUUUUUAUUUCCGCAUGGAAAGUUAUUGAUCUCUAUGGCUGUAAAAUAUUUCUUUAUAGCAUUAUUAAAGUGUGUCUUAAUACAAUUAAAUUUGGGAUACAAAGUAUUUAUUUUACAAUGGGUGGGGGGAAGCUUUUCCAGAAGGUUUCCAAUAUGACGUUUUCAUAAGUUAAAAAAAGUUUCCUUAGUGCUUACUUUCUAAGUUAAAAAUUCAUCUGGAACUUUAAAAUGGAAAGGAUUCUUUUAAUUGUGGAUGAUAGGCAUAAUACUGUUUGCAUCUGAAUGUUCUGUAAGUGAAUGAAACUUUAAUAGAAGGACUCAUGAUUUCUACUAUUGAAUGCUUAAACUAAGUAUGAAGUGAUACCAUUCAGCAUGGCCUCAGGUCAUUCCAGUUUUAGUUCUGUGCAACUCAAGCGCUCGUUGAAAUUCCAGUUUCUAGGAUUAGUGUAGGAGCCUAAAGUGCUUCUACGGUUUUAAUGGGUUAAUCCUGGAUUACUUAACAAUUUAUGUCAAUUGCACUGGUUUAAUUUGUUGCUAAAGGAGUAACGCCCUGGCUUUAGUAACAAAUACAGCUCAACUAUUCUUGAAUAUAUUUUGAGAAAAAUGUAUGUACCUUAACCUUUUGUAAAAGUUUCUGUUUCAUUUUUUUCUUUUUUGACUCUUGAAGGUGCAAUUUAUUACUGAAUUGGCAUCUCUGGCAGCAUAGAACUGCUGAUUUUAAAUUUUAGUUUGGGGGCUGUGAGUUUCUUAGGUGUUUGCAGUCUUGCUUAUAAAAUAAGAACACCUUUUAUUAAUGAGUGGGUCAUUCCUGGUGCAGGUAGGACUUUCCUUUAGCCAGAAUGAAUGGCAAACUCUGUUUAGAGCAGAAUUAAGUAUUAAGAAAACCCUAGGAACUCUUAAUCAACAUUUAUUAUACUUUCACUGAGGCAAACCAUGUGAAAGCACCUUGGGGAAGUUGACCCAUAUCUUACUGAGUUGAUCAGAUUUCUUGGGUGGGCUGGAAAUUUUCAGCUGUUGUAUAUUUUAAAGUAAAUUGCACCUUUGUAACAUAUUGUAUUGACGAAUGAUCACUAAGAUUAACUCUAUCUAUACAGUCAUUAGUUUGACAAGAAAUAGAAUCCUGUCAGAUGCCAAAGAGUUGGGAUUUUUACGUUUAAUGAUUAAACACCGUUAUUUAUUGAUGAUUUACCCUGUGGAACUGUAUUAUUUCUAACUAUGAAAUAAAAGGGUGAUGUAAACACA